UGGUUGCGGGACAUCACCGUGUUGUUGUGUUUUGUCGAGUGAAAACUGCGAGCUGGAGGCCAAGCAGCGGGUGAUGGAGGACAUGCGUCUGGCCCUGACUGAGCAGGAGGAGACCCAGGAGCAGAUGGAGCAGGUCCUGGAGGAGAAGAUGGCGCUCCUCCAGGAGCUCUCUGCUGAGGUAAACAGGCUGAAGGAGAAGGUGCUGCAGCAGAACCAGGGAGCCGGCGGGCCCUCAGAGGACCUGGACCUGGCCAAGGAUGAAGCUUCACGAGCUCAGGAGAGCUUAAAGAUCCUGACAGAGAAGAGCCAGGCUGAACGCAGGAGGUGGCAGGAGGAGAAGCUGUCUCUGAUUGGUCAAGCCAAAGAGGCAGAAGACAAGAGGAACCAGGAAAUGAGGAAGUUUGCAGAAGACCGAGAGCGCUACUGCCGCCAGCAGAGCCUCUUAGAGUCCAAGCUGCUGGAGAAGGAGGCGGCCAUGGAGAGCUGGAGGAAGGAGAGGGACGCCCUGGUUGCUGCCCUGGAGGUGCAGCUGCAGAAGCUGCUGUCCAGCCAAGCAGAGAAAGACAAAGUCAUCAAGGAGCUGAGUGAGCAGAGCUCAAAGCAGCCAGCAGAGGUCAGUGUGGCGCCACCGCUUCCUUCCUCCUACGUCCUGCUGUCUCCCGAUCUACGAGCAAACACCCGGAUCCCUCAUAAGCGCUCGGAGGAAGACGCUCCGCAGUCAUCUUUACGUUGACAACUGUCUGGACUACUUUGGCGAGCGAUCAUGUAUGCGUAUCCCGUGUUGCGUAAAACUCCUCAGGGUCGACUCCUGAUGGGCCGACUGAGGAGGCAAAUAGGAGUACGGUGGUGGUGGCCGGGAGGGCCCGGCGUAAGGAGGAGGUUCUGGCCGAGGCCGCUGCCUUUGUGAGGCAGAACGGAGGGGAUCCUGGUGACCAGUUCCUGGUUCUGGCUCAUUGUAAGAUCCAGUUUGGAAAACACCAGAACCAGAGGUUCCGCUGGCUGCUGGAGAACUCCCUGGGUUACGCGGUGUAGCUGGUCAGCAGCAUCACGGGGGAGGAGGAGAGGGAGGAGCCGCUGUCGGCCAGCAAACACCUGUUUCUCAGGUACACCUCCCAGAUCAGGGAGAUAGGGGAGGCUGUGGAGGUGUAUGGGAAGAAGCAGGCCUUGCUCCAGGAGGCCCAGAGGAGCGGUGACUCUGGGUGUUUGAUGGUGGAGUAUGGCGACUUCAAGGGCAGGUCCAUGAAGGAGGUGUAUGAGGAGCCAGGCAAGGAGGCCCAGGCUCUGGUCACCUACCUGAAGACAGCAAAGGCCAGGCCAAACACCAACAUGGCCCUUUUCAAGGACUAUGUGCUGAAGAGGCAGGCUUCAGCUGUAGCCCACCUGCCCACUGUGACAGCUCCUUCCUCCUCCUUCCUCCUCCUCCUCCUCCUCCUCCU